ACACACACCGGAGAAGCUCAGACGCUUUGUUAGAGAGGGAGAGGCGGAUAGCGCUGUCAAAUAGAGAGUUCCCCUCUUUUGCGACAGUUUUUUAAAUUCUUUAUUUUAGUAAGGUGCAGUGCUACACGUGUAGAAAACAUGCUAUAUAUUAAUUUUAAAGGCCAUCAGGAAGUUUUGAACCGCUCAUAACGCACAUUAAAGUUAGGCAGCUGUAACUGUUAGUCAUUUCGGCUGACACUCGUUUUUUAGAUUACCUCUGUCGUUCGCAUUUGCCUUAAAAUAUCGCUUAGACGCCAGAUGAAUGGUUUUCGUGAGGAAGGUGAAAUGGAAAGACGCGCUAACGUUAUUAGUUUACAGUUUGACCGGCGGUGUGUGUGACUGAACUCACUGACACGGUUUAAAACGAGACCGGCACGUUUAUAUAAAGAAACGUCCGUUUUCCACAGCUCUUUGUUAAUUUGACGUCGUGUAUUGAUAGUGAGUAGGCUAACACAAAGACCGUGACUCAGUAUAAAUCAAUCUAGAUGCUAACCUAGACAUUUUAAGCAGAGACCGACUUAGAAGCGAAGUCUUGGGGAGUUUUAGUUUUUCGGGUUUAGGACAGGAUGAAGUCUAAAAUAUCUGUCUGGAAAACGAACUGAGUGUUUUUAUGCGAAUAGUUUAAAUCGUGAGGGAGGAAAUAUUUCCCCUUUUACUUUUAUUUCCUUUUAGCUCGAUGAAGUGUGACAACAAACUGCCUCAAAUGUUAAGCUAGAAACACCCCAGCCUUUGCAAAGGGGUCUUGAAAACCACGUUUAUUUGCCAAGUCAAGUUUAUUUGGCAAAUAAAACGACCCACUCAGAGCACAGAUUUAGCUUUAGAUCAAGAAAUCCUCACACAGCUGUGGUUUCGCUAGCCGGUGUGCUAGCCUCCACCUCAGCCCUCAGAAAUGUCGAAUAUCUCCAACGAAGCUGUGAUCUUGAUUAAAGAUGUAAAGCCCGGAUCGAAAAACCUUAAUAUCGUCUUUAUUGUUUUGGAAAUCGGUCGGGUGACGAAGACAAAGGACGGGCACGAGGUGCGCUCGUGCAGGGUGGCAGAUAAGAGCGGCAGCAUCGCCAUCUCUGUGUGGGAUGAGCUGGGCAGCCUCAUCCAGCCCGGGGACAUCAUCCGCCUCACGAGAGGGUAUGCUUCCAUCUGGAAGGGGUGCCUUACACUGUACACUGGAAGAGGAGGAGACUUACAGAAAAUUGGGGAGUUCUGUAUGGUGUAUUCUGAGGUUCCUAAUUUCAGUGAACCAAAUCCUGAGCUGCUAGCACAAGCUAACCAGCAGAACAAGACGGGUAAAGAACAGCGGGGAAAUUCUCCACCAAAUCAAAAUGCAGGUACUCCUGCGCAGACAGGAAAUGGCACAGUGCCAGUAUUUUCCAACAGUGCUGCACCUGUGCCUCGGGAUGCCAAUUUUGGGGGUCCAGGAAGACCAAAUGGGCGUGUUCCAGGCAAUGGGCCACCCCCGGUAACUGCAGGGGUUCCCCCUGCUCCAUCCAAACCCACAGUUACCAUAAGUAACGGCAGGGACCCAAGAAGGGCUUCAAAGAGAUGAGACUGCGACUCCACUUCCAUGUUCCUACUCCUCCCUAAAAUCCCUCACAAACCAUCCAUACAAUAAGCAAAACUACACUGCCAAUCAAGAGAGAUGAGGUUCAAUGCUACUGUUCUACCACCUGUGCUUUUUGCUUUGUCAUUUGCCAAUAUUUGCUUAGUAUGAUUACCAUGAAAGGUUGGCAUUCUUGUUACAGUUAAUGGUUGGCACACUCUUUGUCCAUUUGAGUGCUGCUUCAGUGGCCCACCGUUUCCUUUCCCUAAAUGUGUUGAACUAUACACCCUACUUGAACACUCGACGCACUUUCUUCUGUUAAUUUAUAGCGAAUGCAUUGUCAUGUGAUUCAGGAAUGAUUAACUGCUGUCGCAAAUUGGGGAGUGAACUUCAAAGUGACUGAUUAUAUGGGUUCUCCCCACCACUUUGGCCAAAAAAAAAAAAAAAAAAACUUACCAGAAGUGACCGUGUGAAAGGAAAGGUGAUAGUUUGAUUGAACACUUAGGAUUAUUUAAUUAGGAAUAAAUCAAGAACGAAAUGUUGGGAAAUGAA